AUGUUCCUGAAAGCGGAAUACUACAACCCUGAAGCAGCCGAGUACUUAAACCCAGAGACUAAGCGCAGGGUCGCCAUUGUUACUGGGGGGAAUUCUGGUCUAGGCUGGUACACUGCGUUACAUUUAUACCUUCAUGGUUACGUUGUGUACAUUGCUGGAAGGACCGAGUCCAAGGUUCAGAAAGCUGUCCAAGAAAUCAAGGAAGAGGCCGAAAAACGCCGAGAAUCAUACACGGACGAACAGAAGGCCAGCAGAUAUGUUGGUUCCUUGACAUUUAUCCAUUUUGACUGCUGUGACUUGAAAUCGGUGGAAAAGUGUGCUCAAGAAUUCAGUAAUCGGGAAAGAAAAUUGCAUAUUCUCAUCAAUAAUGCUGGCUUAAUGGGUGUGCCAUUUGAGCUCACAAAGGAUGGCUAUGAGAUUCAGUACCAGGUGAACUUUGUUGCGCCCUUCUUGUUUACAUUGAAGCUAUUGCCCUUAUUAAAGGACACUACAACCGACAGCGAGCCGCUGCGUGUCAUUUGCUUAUCUUCUGUGGGCCACACCGCAGCUAAAUCAUACUAUAGUCCUACUGACAAUCUUAACAAGAAGCCGAACUUCUUCUAUACAUGGAUCAGAUACGGCAAUGCUAAAACUGCAGAGAUACAGUUCAUGAAGAAACUCGCAGAGGUUUGCCCGGAUAUUUUGUCCUUUUCCGUUCACCCAGGCGUUAUUGUCGACACGCAACUUUUCAAUUACUGGAAGAACUUGCGUUUUGUCGGGCCGUUUGCCAAACUAGGCAUGCGGUUUACUUCUACAGUUAUUGGCGUUACCCAAGAAGAAGGUUGUUUGGCCACUUUGAGAGCAGCAUUAGACAAGUCAUUGCUGAAGAAAGACAAUGGAGCGUAUAUCGAAACUGGCGGAGUUUUUGGCAGACCUUCCAAAGUUGCGCUGAGCCAAGAGUACGCUAACAAAUUGUGGACUGAAAACUUGGAGCUAUUGAAAACGAAGGGUUUCAACGUUGAUCUUGAACUGUAA